AGGCUAGUCAGGCCGCUGCUGCGCGCGAGGAGCUUGAGGAGGGGCUGGCCGCGUCGUUCCGGAGCCGGCCAGGUGCGCGGCCGCGGAUGGAGGGUCCAGUGGAGUGCGGGGCCCGGGACCAGGCCGAGCUAGAGCAGCCCGUCGGCGGCGCCCUGGGCGGGACGCACGACCAGCGCGCCCGCGGCCGCUUCAGGGAGCCGGGGCACUCGGCGGCAGACCCCGCCGACCCCUCCGACCCCGCGGACGGCGCCCCGAGCGCGCCCCCGGGGAGGCGGCCCCGCGGCGGCCCCGCGGAAGAGGGCGCGCGGCCCGAGGUGCCUGGCGAUGCCCCGCGGCCCGGCCGCCCCGCGCCCCGGGAGGCGGCGGGCGGCUCCCCGCAGCUGCGGCGCGGCCCCGGGGGCGCGGACGGCUCGGCGGCAGAGGAGGAGGGCGCGGGCGCGCUGACGCUGGACCCGCUGGAGCACGCGUGGAUGCUGUCGGCCGCCGACGGCCGCUGGGACAGCCUAGAGGGGCUGCUGGCCUGCGAGCCCGGCCUGCUGGCCAAGCGCGACUUCAUCACCGGCUUCACCUGCCUGCACUGGGCGGCCAAGCACGGCCGGCAGGAGCUGCUGGCCCUGCUGGUGCGCUUCGCGGGCCAGCACCGGCUGCCGGUGAACAUCAACGCGCGCACAAGCGGCGGCUACACCGCGCUGCACCUGGCGGCCAUGCACGGGCACGUGGAGGUGGUGAAGCUACUGGUCGGGGCCUACGACGCGGACGUGGACGUGCGCGACUACAGCGGCAAGAAGCCCUCGCAGUACCUGAGCCCGAGCACCGCAGAGGAGAUCCGGACCCUAGUGGGCGCCCUGGACGAGGACGAAGCCGAGAGCGCGGCGGGCAGCGGGGGAGGGCGCUGGAGGCUCUCGAGGGUGCUGCCCUCGACCCUCAUCUCCGGCAGGCUCUCGCACGCUCUGGAGGACGGCGGGGACCACCACCACCACCACCAUCACCAUCACCAUCACCUGGCCGAGGGAUUGGCUGCGGGCAAAGCGAAGGAGCCGGGUCGCAAAGCCUCGGGCAGCUCUAGUGGGCGGAUGAAACCCAGACUCAACAAAAUCCGCUUCCGAACCCAGAUCAUCCACACCACACCCUCUUUCAGAGACCCGGAGCAGCCCCUGGAGGAGGGGGAGGACGAAGAGGAGGACCGGUCUUUUAAAGGCCACUCAUCCUCAUUCAAAUUGAGACCCAAGUCCAAUGUAUUCGGGUAAAAAUGAUUUCUUUUAGAACGUUCUAAGACUUGUUUGUCGUCUUAGGAAUAGGGUACUAGGUGUACACAAGGAAGUGAGACCAGAAAAGACUGAAGCUAAAUGCUG